CUGCUGCUGCUGCUGCGCUCUAUUGCCACGUGCAGCCGACCUUUUGUUCCACGACCCGCCCCCCGCGGGCGCCGCGACAACCCCCAGGCUGAGGCUGCAUCCAGUCAGCGAUGCGCUCAUCCAUCCACCCUCCCCAUCAGUGAUCACUCCAGAACUUGGUGCUUUCGUGCUGCGCGCGUCUCUCCAUCACGCCUGGCGGAGGAGCGCAGCUUUCUGCAGGGAUGAGAUAGCUCCCAGCAGCCUGCAAACACAGAGAAGAGGAACCAGAAGCUGUAGAGGAGGCGAGCGGAGAGUUCGGCUUGCUCCUGCAUCGUCUUCCUCAGCUGCUGCUGCUGCAAACGCCCGUUUCUCCCCGGGGAGACCUUCCCCAGCCUUGGAGGACUGGUUCCUUCCCAGGAAAAGGCCAUGGCAGAGCUGCAGAGGCUGGGGCAGCUUCUCCUCCUCUUCCUCCUGGGCCUGGCCUGCCUCUGGCUGCCCGCCACCUGCCGGAAAGCCCCCAGGCCUCCCCCCUGCCCGCCCAGCUGCUCUUGCACCAGAGACACAGCCUUCUGCGUCGACUCCAAGGCCAUCCCCAAGAGCCUGCCGCGGGAUGUGAUUUCGCUGACCCUGAUAAAUGCAGACUUCAGCGAAAUCAAAGAAGCCGCCUUCGCUCACCUCCCGUUCCUGCAGUUCCUCUUAUUGAAUUCCAACACGUUUUCCUUGAUUGGGGACAAUGCGUUCACUGGACUCUCCCACCUGCAGUACCUGUUCAUCGAGAACAACAACAUCCAGGCUCUGUCGAAAAAUGCCUUUCGUGGGCUCAAGUCCUUGACACACCUGUCUUUGGCCUACAACAAUCUGCAGACGCUGCCCAGAGGCCUCCUGAAACCGCUGGACAUCUUGAGCGACCUAGACCUCCGGGGCAACUCGUUGACCUGUGACUGCAACAUCAAGUGGCUAGUGGAAUGGAUGGAGAGCACCAACACAAGCAUCCCCGCCGUUUUCUGUGGGAGCCCCGCUCAGUACCAAGGCCAGAAGAUCCGGGACCUGCCCCUCAAGGACUUUGACUGCGUCACCACAGACUUUGUGGUGCACCAGGUCCUGCCUUUCCAGUCUGUGUCCGCAGAGCCGUUCCUGUACUCCAGCGACCUCUACGUGGCCCUGGCCCAGCCCAGUUCCAGCAGCUGCAGCAUCCUCAAGUGGGACUAUGUCGAACGGAAGCUGCGGGACUUUGACCGCAUCCCUGCUCACUCAGCCGUUUACUGCAAGCCCAUUGUGGCCGAGUCACAGCUUUACGUCGUGGUGGCCCAGCUCUUCGGCGGCUCCUACAUCUACCGCUGGGACACCAACAUCGACAAGUUCAUCAAGAUCCAGGACAUCGACAGCCAGAAGAUCCGUAAGCCCAACGAUAUCGAGGCCUUCCAGAUCGAGGGCGAGUGGUUCUUCGUCAUUGCUGACAGCUCCAAAGCUGGCUCCACCAGCCUCUACCGCUGGAACCAGAAUGGCUUCCACCCCCACCAGGACCUGCACUCGUGGCACCGUGACACCGACGUGGAGUACCUGGAGAUUGACGGCAAGCCCCGGCUGAUCAUCUCCAGCAGUUCCCAGGCCCCCAUCAUCUACCAGUGGAACCGCUCGCAGAAGCAGUUCCUCCACCUGGGCGAUGUGGCAGACGUGAUGGACGUCCAGAUGGUCAAGCACUUCCGGGUCAAGAGGGACAACUUCCUGUGCCUCAGCCGCUACAUUGGCGACUCCAAGGUGGUCAAGUGGGAGGGCCUGCGGUUCACGGAGCUGCAGACCUUGCCCUCCCGAGGCUCCAUGGUGAUGGAGCCGUUCCGGGUGUCCCAGCAUCAAUAUAUGGCCCUGGGGAGUGACUUCUCCUUCACCCACAUCUACCUGUGGGAUGAAGAGAAGCAGAAAUUUGCAAAGUUCCAGGAACUCUCUGUGCAGGCACCCCGCGCCUUCCGCCCUAUCCCUUUGGAGGACAUGGAUAUCCUGCUUGCGCCCAGCUUCAAGGGGAACACACUGGUUUACAAGCAUAUCGUGGUAGAUCUCAGCUUGUAGGGCAGAGGUAGGUCACCGCCAUCCCCUACCUGCACACACACACACACACACACACUUCUGCUGGAGGUGGGCACCUGAGCACUGUUGUCACUUGGAGCAAGGCUGCUUACUCAUCCCCCACCCUUCUUCUCUCCACGGUAAGGAUAUAAGCUCAGGGCCUCCUCAAUGCAGAGGCUCCUCCAGAACACAAAAGGGACCUAACAUACACUCACACACUCCUACGUCGACCUGGAUGUAUAUGCAAUAAUAAUAACAUACCCCUAGACCUCACGUCAUUAACUCCAUGCAACGCUGGCCAAGCGUGCCAGUUGAAACGCAAAUCUUGUUGCCAAAUUUCAGCACCGAAGUAACUCUCCACACAUACACACGCAACAGACACAUGAAGCUCCCCGGAAUAAUGACCACACUUGGAAAUGACCUUUUGAGGUGAUCCCUUGAGCGUGUAAGAGUUGAAAUGUUACGUUUCCACACUAGGGAUUUCCUCUGGGGUUGCAACUUUUGGUUUUUUAAGUACACCCACACGACAACGUUGUCAUCAAAUCGCUGUUCUCCUGCCUUUCCUCCCGGGUUUCUUCCAUUUCUUUUGAGAUCUCCCAAAAGGUUAAUUUUGUUUUGUUUUUUAAGGAAUGGAAUAGCAUCCUGAUUGCAAACCAUGAUGAAAGUGCAGUAGAAAUUAUGUCUGGAGGGCCUCAUUGACUCAGCUGGCCCCUGCCAAUCCAUACCAAUCCAUUAAACAGGGAGCUCAAUACAAACCAACAUCUUUUGCUCCAUACUUCCUGCCUUGCAACAAAUAAACCCUGAUUCUGCGCGCGCGCGCGCACACACACACACACACACACAUUUUUUAUGGCUCUGCACCAGCAGCUCCCAGCUGACUUCCAGCUGUGCCUCUAACAUCCUAGUUUUUUCUGACUGGUCUAUCAGCUCUUAUUAACCUCUAAACCUACAGCAACUCUCAUCCUAAGAAAGCCGCUUUCUAGCUGUUGUGGACAGAGAGCUAGAAAACAUAAUGGUGGUUGGAUUGGGAAUCAGGUAGCAAGUAAAGAGACAUAAAUAUUAAUUACACAACCCCUACCAGAAAUCCCAUGAUUUCUAAGCUCGUUUGCAGAUUUCUGAGGGUCCAUAAAACAUUAUUCCACAUACUAAGAGGAAUAUGCUGGAAGAUAUCACAGGAUCGAGACCAGACAUCCAUCUGGAUAGUGCAACUGAUGCAUACAGUCUAUGAUUAUAUGAAGACAGUUACUAUAUGCAGCUAUUUUAUUAUGCAACUAAAAUAUGUGACUUUGGCAGCGGACGUCUCUCUAUAUUUUUACAUAUUCCCCAAAGAGUACUCAGUCCUGCUUAUUGCUUCUUGUUAGGCAAAAAGUGUAUUAAGGAAAGAGCAAAGCCUGCUUUCAGUGUGGGGCAGAGGUGGCAGAUGGGUCUCUGUGACUCAAGGUGGUGCAUGGGGCAAACUCUUGCCCAGUUGAGUGGGUCAGCAUUGCAUGUAGCUUGCUUUGCCGGCUCAGGGUGGCUGCAACUUGGCCAAGCUCCCUCUUCCAAAUCAAGGCUGGCUUUGAACCUCUUGGGACUGGCUCAGGAGAGAUGAGGAGCAGCAGAAGGCAGAACUUGCUGUUGUCCAGUCCCAGAAUAAACUGAAUGGGAUUUUGAUCUACUGGUGACAUCUCCUGCUAGCACCAUUCAAUGGGCCAGAUCCUCAGAACCAUUUGAAGCAUGGAGAAACCUCAAUCAGACUCUUGGCCUCCAGGAGUCAGGCCAAGGGCUUCUAGAAAGGGUGGUAGAAGGAGGCUAUGGAAUCCAUAGGGCAAGCAGAACAUCCAAGUGUGCAAACAGAAGGAGAACAGCAAAACAGGCUAAACCUGGGGCAAGAACAGGAGCAAGGAGGAUCCUGGUAAUCUAUGGCUCAGGCUUAAGAAUGUGGUGCAGAGGGUUAUAGAAAACAGAAAGUGGUGCACCAUGGAUACCUGGGUUCAAGAGGGUCAUGUGAUUCCUGCAUUGCAGGGGGUUGGCCCUUUGGGUCCUUUCCAACUCUACAGUUCUAUGAUUCUAUGGGCGUAGGUGGAAAUCCAUGCACUGCCUUCCUUUAGUGGAAGGAGCAGGGCACCCAAAGGUGGUCUCCUCUUUUAAUCUGCAGUAUUUAUGAAAGCCUUGGGUGCAAUUGAGACCCUCUACACCUAACGCUUGUAAAGGCAGAGUGUAGUCAAUGCUAUUUUUCUAGAAAAAGAGGUGCUGGAACUCACCAUGAACGCCUCCCUUGUUCUCUUAUAAUGGCAUGCAGAACGUCCUACAUCCAACCCCUGGCAUCCCUUGGUAGGGCUGGAAAAGACUCCAGGCUGAAACUCAACUGACUCUCCCUGCCUUCUGUCCAGUUUUCCUUCAUCACCUCGUGUUCUGGCACUGCUUGUGGGUUUCCCACAGGCCUCUGGUUGGCCACUGGAUGCCAAACUUGAUGGGCCAUUGCCUGAUCAACCAGGAUUCUUCUUCUGUCCUUAUGCCUUUCCUCUCUAGACCUCACCCUCACUCUCCACAGCCACCUUUCCCCAAGGCGAUGGAGAAAAGCAUCUCAAGCCAUGGAGAAUAGCCAUGCACAGCAACAGCAGGGUGGGGAAAAGGACAAUUCAACUCCCCUCGGCUCUGCAUUUCUUGUGGUGUAAAAUGUAGCACGCACACACACACACACACACACCAUCCUGUCCGGAUUCAGGAAUGUAAGGCCCAGGGAUAUGAAGGACACAAGUGUGAUGGCCUCAGCCCUAUGGUGUGAGUUAUGUUGCAAUCCUAACCCCCUUACUUUGAAGUAAGCCCUAUUGAAUUAAGUGGGGCUUACCUCUGAGUGGUUAUGGUGAGGAUUGCAGCCUUUCUUCUUUUUGGAUGGAGAGCAGGGUGCCUCUGGGCCUACACAGAGAAUCUGUGUCUCACCAUUCUGGAACUUGAGUUUCUCUUGUCUUCAGCCAAGAUAGCCUUUGGCAGGUAGGUGUGGAGGCUGCUCAAAAUUAGGAAAUACCAAGAGCAUUUUGAAUUCUCAAGGAGAAUGGCCUUCCACGUCUCUGCUGGGAAGUACUUGAGGAAAAAUAUUGGGGGGAUAAAGGUGAAGUGAAGCUUCCAUCAGGACGCUUGGACCUUUCCUAGGGAAGGCAUGAUAUUAAGCAGGUAGGGGAGACUCUAUAUGGACAGGACACUUCUCACGACAGACACUUCUGCUUAACCACAUACGAAAUGCACUUGGGAAUGUGCACUGUGAAAAAUAGUGGCACCUCUACACCUUUUAAUUUGACUUGGGAAAUUUAAUUCAUUGUAAUAAAGUUAUUUAUUCCCUA